UUUACUUCCGGCAGCUAGCUUGGUGUUAGCUCGUCUAAGCGUUUAUGCAUGAAGUUUCCAGUUUACUGUAUUGGCGAAGCUAAACUGUGAGACAUGGUGCAAAAAGGCUUUCUCUCUCUCUUUUGUAAUCGCUGGUAAAAUGUAUAGAGCUAAUUACUAGUAUGCUAAAUCAGCGCUAAUGGUCGAGAAGGCAUGGAGGGUCCGUCCUGUCGCUCUGACACCCAGGGUGAACCACUGGUUCCGGCCAACAAGACGACGUCAAUUGGGGAUGGCGAGGCAAACCUUUCCCGGGACACGAAAACGCACUUUCGUGUGUGUCGAUUCAUAAUGGAAACAGGAGUGAAGCUGGGAAUGCGCUCUGUGCCAGUGGCCACAGCGUGUGUGUUGUACCACAACUUCUUCAAACGUGUCAGCAUAAGUGCAUAUGAACCUUACCUGGUGGCCAUGAGCUGUGUGUACCUGGCCGGCAAAGUGGAGGAGCAGCACAUAAGGACGCGUGACAUCAUCAACGUAAGCCAUAGGUACUUCAACAGUGGCAGCGCCCCAUUAGAAUGUGACAAGGAGUUCUGGGACCUGAGGGACAGUGUGGUGCAGUGUGAGCUCCUCAUCCUCCGGCAGCUGAACUUCCAUGUCUCCUAUGAACACCCACACAAGUAUCUGCUCCACUACUUGUUGUCCGUGAAGUCGCUGGUGAACCGCCACGCUUGGUCUCGAUGCCCUGUGGCUGAGACUUCCUGGGCAUUGCUUCGAGACUGCUACCAUGGGGCCAUGUGUAUCCGCCACAUGCCCCAGCACAUCGCUAUAGCGACCCUGUACUUGGCUCUUAACAGCUAUGGUGUGGAGCUGCCCGUCGGGGAGAAACAGUGGUGGCAGGUGCUUUGCGAGGAUGUGACCAAAGCGGACAUAGAUGCUGUGAUCUCGGACCUUCUACAACUGUACGACAUGGAGGCCAAGUGUAUCUGAGGACACUCCCGCCAGGCUUGCACACACUAGUCACCAGUUGAUGAUUCAGCUGCGUGUUUUUGAUCUCUAGGCUGCAUGAGGGAAUUUGUACUGAGUGUGUGUGUGUGUGUGUGUGUGUUUGAGAGAGAGAGGAGAGCUGAGACAACUGCACUACCUAGGCUCAACACCCUGGGGAGACAUUUCUUCAUUUCCUGCUUCCUGGUUGCAGAUGACUGGCUCUGCAGCAAACAAGCUUUGUGGAUUGGUAUCAUUGGCACCAAACGAGCAACUGUCCAUGUCUUUCAUCAUUUACAUACAAAGAUAUCGGGCAAAUUUUGAUCUUUGUAUUUAAUUGUCCGGUUUAACAAUAAUAAAAGUCCUUCACUUACUUGGGUGCUCGGAUGCUUUUCUGUAUCUCUUAAUAUUUUUAAUAUUAAUAUUAUUUUUCGCAAGCAAAAUUUUGACAGCACACAAUUAUAUGGUUAUUUGUAUGGAGAACUCAACUGUGUCGUUGCUUUAUAGUCAAUUUAAGUCAUUUCAUUCCUGGUGUUUUUUUUGGAGGUUGUCCUUGUGUAUUAUUAGGCUACAGUUUUCAGACAGAAUCGACCCAAGUGCAGUUUCUAAUAUUUUACUUUAAACCGUAUUAUUUCUGGCUGUUUGUUUAUUUGUGCCCUGGCUGGCGACCAGUCCAGGGU